AUGAUUGGAAUCCCAGGAAACCUGCUGAUAAUGGCGAGUGUGGUCAGGAACCGACACCUUGGCUCCAGUUACAACAUCCUGGUGUGUAACCUGGCCAUGGCGGACUUGCUUCUCAUAGUUUAUAGUAUACUGUUCGACAUCGUGGACCUUCUGUACGGCCGAUUCCCUGGCACGUAUGGGUUAUGCCAGUUUAACGCCUUCAUGCUCAUCUCGCUGAAGGCUGUCUCCAUUUCAGCCUUGAUGGUCAUCGCAAUCAACAGAUGGUGCCAGAUCUGUUACUUCACAAAGUGCGAUCGGAUAUUUUCAAAAAGAAACACCUUCAUUAUAUGCGGCUUGCAAUGGACGUACGGUUGGGUUUUGGCCGGUCUGCCUCUGUUUUCGUGGUCCACUCUCAAAUACGACAAGAUGAUUCAUGAAUGCAGCUACGACAGGUUCGCGUCGACGUCGUACACCAUCGUGCUCGUGGGGACAGUUAUAGCCAUUCCUGUUUCCGUGUCUCUGGUUUGCUAUGUUAAAAUACUCCUGGCCAUAUCUCGCCGCAACGCCAAGGUUCGUGCUCAGUUGCAGAGCGUCAUUGUACAGAGACAUGUAAGAGAAAUCAGGAGCGUCAAGACGCAGCUGGCCGUCUUUAUCGUCUUUAUCUGUGUUACCACGCCGUACGGACUGACAGCCAUGUUUGCAGACGACUCCCAUCACAUGGUGAUGUUGCACUCCACGGUUAACAUUUUGGGACACGCAAACAGCGUGAUUAACUGUUUUAUAUACGGAAUCAUGAACAAGAGGAUCAGGAAGGAAUACAAGGACAUCAUUCUGUGCAAGAAGCACGACCACCGAAGUGCCACCAUGACUGUUAAUUCUCAACGAAGUAACGCCAAUGUUAACGCUGUCACUAAAGAAUCCAUGCUUUGA